AAGGGUUAUGUUUUUGUGUCCCGUUAUAAUAGGAAUGGAUGGAAGUGCUCCAUUUGGCGCUAAAAUCACUCCAGUAGAGUCCAGGUUGAUCUUACAUUCAAUCUUGCGUGUUUCAUGCUAUCGAUCGCCGCGCAUCCACCACUACUCGCGUCCAUCGUAAAAGAUAAGUUAGUGUUCGGGAAAUACUCAAGCGGAGAAAUUGAACUGAUCGCUCUUACAAAAUUUAUAUUGUUCGUUGAAAACAUUCAGUGAGUUUAAAUUACGUAUAAAUUUGAGAAACUCAUGGAAUCAUGUCGAAACAAUCAGUGUGGAUAUUAAAUGCCGGGAUUACGUCGAUCUGCCUCUUAGGAUUAGUUGCUUGUUUUUACACGCAUGUCGUGGAAGAAUUAAAGGCAGAAAAUGAUUCUUACGUGGCAUUGUGUGACAUCAGUGAUCACAUAAGUUGUUCUAAAGUGUUUACGACUGAAUACGCAAAAGGUUUGGGAAUAAUUCCAAAAACGUCUAUUUUAUACAUGCCAAAUUAUAUGUAUGGAGUUAUAUUUUAUACUUUGGUUGCGAUACUCAGUAUGUUUAAUAAAUAUCCGAUAUCAGCCAUUGCUGUAACGUUAGCAGUUUGCUCGAAUUUGGCUACCCUUUAUCUGGCCUAUCUUUUGUACAUUAUAAACAGCAUUUGCGUGGUCUGUGUUAGUACUUACAUCAUAAAUUUCAUUAUUUUAAUACUCACUGUUAAGAAGCAUCGAAACCUAUUCCGUGAUGGCACAAACAAGACGAAAAAAAGGAAAAAAAAGUCAGAAUAAAGAUUUUUGGAAAAUGUCAAAGUUUUACAGUACGACUCAUCGAAAAGAAAAUCACUAGAAAUCAAUGGAAUAUUACUUUGAGACUAUUCACGUAUCGCUAGACCGCGAAUGUUUAUGCGUUUAUGUAAAAUGAAUCAAGUUUUUAUCCUCUCUUCAUUUUCGACCGAUCCCUUCUUAUUUAACUGCACCAUACGAAGUAUGAAUUUUGUAACCAUAUACAGUCAUGAAA